AUGGGUUUCCUUGAACUGGGUAAACGUUCUAAGCAUACUCGUCGUCCGAGGCUGGCUGUCGUCUCUAAAAAACCAUCUUCAACUGUGAUGUCGUCUCGAUCACAAUCCCUCGAUCUUACGCCUACCGCAACUUUUAGGACCACUCUAUUCGAGCGUCUUCCUGUGGAACUACUUCAACGAAUAUUCUUGUUCUCGUACAAUCCGGAACUUCCAUUUACGAACCAUUUUUUUCUAUCGAUACUUUCCUCUCCAUAUCUGAUACAGACUUUUGCAUCUUCUGCUGUGCUCGAUGAUGCACUUUCGAAGCGGGAUUACAAGAUAGUGAUAUCGAAUAUUCUCACUCGACGGUUCUUCAAUCUUCAAUUUCUCGAGAAUUUGGAAACUACUCUGUGGAACAAAUGUUUCAAGGCGGAAUUCGAGGCACAUGUGCCGACCACGUCUCAGGGGUAUCGAUUAGAGAAGGUAGAAGAAAGUCAGAACAUGGGGCAUCUGGAGUAUACUUUUAUGGAAAGCACCGAAGACGAUGUAGAUUCUGGCCAGAGGGAGGUCGAGAAAGUCGGAGUUUAUGUUCCUGUCCUUGACUACAGAAUGAUACUUGGAAAAUUUGACCUGCGGACCAUUGCAUUUCCCAAAACCCGACUUCUUCACCCGCCAUUCACACUGGAGAAAAUCAAGUUGAUUUCAGCGUUAGCCAUCAGGAUGCCGUCCUUCUGGGUUGAUCUUAUUGCUGGCGACGAAGGGAAAUGGUGGGGCAACAAAUUGCUAGAAAUGGCGGUCAGGAAGCGAUGUGCGACUAUGGUGGACUUUCUGGCCAACUUUUGUUACGUUCGGGUUGAACCUGUGCAUCUGAGAGCAGCUGUCAUGCCGUGGGAUCAUGGGAAUACUGAAUGGUUGGAGCCUGAAUUUUCCAGGGGAGGGAGAGGACCUGUGGCACGAGAGGAGGAUGUUGAAAUGAUGAAAUCGCUGCGUGGUUUAGACAAGAAAUCUGGACCCAUGGAGGAGGGAAGCAACUCUGGUGUCGUCGGUUUUGUUAGAGGAAUGGAGGCUUGGAAGAAAGGGAAAGGAGGCUUGAUUAAGUCAGGUUGGGGACAACAUGAGCCCGAGAUUGAGGACUCGUUGAGAAUCCUGUGGGUCCUAGAUCAAGUUGUUGAAAGGAAGGGAAGGUACAGAAUCCAUGGAUCUACAGAUUUCGCGAAUGUUGACCACUUCGAGGAAGAAACGACUCCAUGGCUGCUGGGUGAGAACAGGUAUUUUCCAACAGGCAUUGCGGAAUCUCCGUUGAUGGCAGACGAGAAAGUAUGGGAGGCUGCGAGACAAGAGAAGGGUAUAUACUGGAGAUGGCUGUUGAAGGUUGGGACACCUCCAGCCGGGUUCUUAGGAAGCGUAUAA